GCUUUCCAACGCCGAUAUCAUGGCGAUCUCCGUACUACGCCAGACUCUUUCUUGUCUCCCAGUUUCAAUUCGCGACCUUUUUCGUUGUCUCGAUUUCAGUCCCUCAUAAUAUGUCCUGGCAAGCAUACGUAGACAACAACCUCGUCGGCACCAAGAAAGUAACUCAGGCCGCGAUCUUGGGAAAAGCUGGAGGUGUAUGGGCUAAAUCCUCAGACAUCACGAUCUCCGCAGAAGAGCAGAAGGCGAUCACUGCUGCGUUCACGAACAAAGCUGCAGUUCAGGCCUCUGGCUUCCGUAUCGCUAAUCAGAAAUACUUCUUCUUAUCGUCGGAUACCUACGGAGAUGAUCCGGAUCUCAUUGUAGUUCAGGGCAAGAAACAGACCGAUGGUGCUGUACUAGCGCAAACGAAACAAGCUAUCCUCGUCGUUACAUACAUUUAUCCUCAGACAGCUCAAGACGCAGGCCUGUUAGUCACCAAUCUUGGAGCAUACCUCGCUAGCCAGCGUUACUAGGGUCCGUUAGGAGACGAUCGCAGAGGAUAAAGAAGACCAAAGGUGUGCUAUCAUGUAAUCGUACAGUUUAUAGAUUCAAUGCACUUUAUUGGAGUCAUUCCAAAGUUCAAUACAUUGGACAAUCGUCACACAUAUUUGCUAUCAGGUCCGAUCGUGUUGAGCAAGAGCGAUCGGUGUCGUGUGUAGUCUGUGGCCG